UGAGGAUCUUUAUUUUAAUCUGAUUAAGGGGACUGUACUGCAUCCUGUUAAAUUGUUUUCUUAAUCCAAUACAUAGAUUGAAUACUUGAACAUAACAUGGUUAUCCCACCAUAUUAGAAUUCUAAAUAUAUAAUUUAUUAUUUUGGACUUCAUGCACAACACAUUGUCAUAAUAACCAGACAGUUGAAAGUAACUGCUUAAGAGAAAGUAGAAGAAGAAUCACCUUUUGGCUUAGCAAUUCUUAAGUUGAGAAAUUAAAAAAUGGCAGAAAAGAAAGUUAUCAUGGUGACCGGUGGUACAGGUUUGGUUGGGAAAGCCAUUGAGUUUAUAGCCACUGGUGAAGAGAAAAACCCUAAUGAGGAAUGGCAUUUCCUUUCCUCUAAAGAUGGAGAUUUGUCUGAUAGGGCAGCUACUGAAGCCAUCUUUAAGAGAAUCAAGCCAACCCAUGUCAUACAUUUAGCUGCUAUGGUUGGAGGAUUGUUCAGAAAUCUUAAAUACAAUCUUGACUUUUAUAGAAUUAAUACCUUAAUCAAUGAUAACGUUCUGAACAUUAGCCACACGACUGGAGUUAAGAAAGUAGUAUCCUGUCUGUCGACAUGUAUAUUUCCUGAUAAGACAACUUAUCCUAUAGACGAAACAAUGGUACACAGUGGUCCUCCACACGACUCUAACUUUGGAUAUUCCUAUUCCAAAAGAAUGAUAGAUAUACAGAAUAGAGCUUACAACAAGCAGCAUGGUUGUCAGUUUACUUCAGUAGUACCUACCAAUGUCUACGGACCACAUGACAAUUUCAACUUGGAAGAUGGUCAUGUGCUACCAGGAUUGAUUCAUAAGAUUUAUAUGGCUAAAAAGAACAACACCCCCUUUACUGUAUGGGGGACAGGAUCUCCUAGGAGACAGUUUAUUUACUCCAGAGAUUUAGCAAGACUGAUGAUCUGGGUUCUUAGAAAUUAUCAAGAAAUAGAUCCAAUUAUUUUAUCAGUUGGGGAGGAAGAUGAAGUCAGUAUAAAAGAGGCAGCAGAGGCAGUAAUCAAGGCCAUGGAUUUCAAGGGAGAGGUUGUUUACGACACGUCCAAAUCUGAUGGACAAUUCAAGAAAACCGCCAGCAAUGGUAAACUGAGGAAAUACCGACCUGACUUUAACUUUGUUCCAUUCGAUCAAGCUGUAAAGGAGUCAUGUGAUUGGUUUAUGGCAAACUUUGAAACGUGCAGAAAAUAAACUUAUUAGGAACAAGUCUAGAUAGGGAAAUCCAUUAAUCAUGUGGGACAAUCAAUAGGAUUUUGUAUCAAAUUGCAUCUAUUUCUCCAUUUGUUUAGUAUGACUGGCAUUUGUAUUGAUAGAUGUGUUCAAUCUGUUAUACUGAAAAUUUUAUAUUUGACUUUUUGUUGAGGAUUCUUAUGUUAUAUUUUUGUACUUACUGUUAUUUAUACAAGUCCAGCAUAAAAAAGUGCUUGUGUGAAUUUAUUUUUAUACCAGGGUUUGAAAAACCAAAGUAUUUUUUUUCUCAGCAAUAGCACAACACAGGUUACCUAUUUAUUUGACAAAAUCCAAAUUAGAAGAAUACACAAUUGCUGUUGAAACUUUAUUACUUGUUAGAGAAAAAGGCAAACUUUUAAAUUAUGAUUUUAAAAAGGUAAUUUGAGAAAAAAUAAGGGGGAGGAUAAUUUGUCAAGAAAUCUCAACAAAAAUCUCAUCAGUACAUUCCAUGUUCGCUUUUUCAUUUUUAACACAUUUGAAAUGAGCUGCUUUCACAAUUCAUUUGCAAGGGGAAGACUUACCUGAUUUAGAAAAUGAAACAAUAUCUACUUCAGAAAUUUAAUUUCAAUACUAUUUACCAUGUUCACCUUCUGAUAUAAAUUUUGAAAGAAAAACAAGUUAAACUCCAAUAUUUUUCUUCAUAUGUCACAAGUUUUGAUACUUUUUAUUUAGAUAAACACAUGUAUUAUUUCAAAAUACACAAUCAGUUUACGUCUUCAACUGGCUGUUUUCUGCUCUUUGGUCAUGGUCAUGUUUUCUCUUUGACACAUUCCCCAUUCCCAUUCUCUGGUCGUGUUUUCUCUUUGACACAUUCCCCAUUCCCAUUCUCAAAUUUAUUUCAUGUGUAGUAAAUAGUAAAACAAAUGCCCAUUUCAGGGGGAAAAAUAUGUAAACAUGUCUUUAAAUGCAAUAGAACAAAACAUUUAUUAGCAAUAGUGCUUCAAUACUUCAUAUUGUUAUUCUGCUUUGGGCAGUGCCAUAAGAUAUUUUUUUACAAAUGCAUAAUAUAUUUAUUUGUUAGAUUUUUGAUUUUGAGUUAUUUGUUUCUAUGAUAACACAUGAAGAUGGACAAUAGAAUAGAAACUCUGUUCAUAUGCUUUAGGUCUCUGAUAGUUUCAUGUUCAUUAAUUUUCAGAAAAAAAUCAU